GCGGGCCCGGAGGUGACGCGGCGGCCGCGGCGAUGGCGGCGGCGGCGGAGGAGGCGCGGCUGCUGGCCUGGCUGCGCGGCCCGGCGGCGCCCGGCGGCCCCGAGCUCGCCGCUUACGUGUCGGAGCUGGCGGCGCUGGGGCUGGCGGAGCUGGGCCGGGAGCCGGCGCGGCUGGCGGCGGAGCGGGCGCGGGUCGGCGCCGAGACGCGCCGCCUGGCCUUCGAGCACUACCGAGCCUUCAUCCGCUCCGCCGAGUGCACCGGCCGCGCCGGCCGCGGCUUCGGCGGCAUCGAGAGCCGCCUGGGCAGCCUGCUGGAGCGGCUGCCCGCGCUGCAGGACGCCUGCCGCACCUUCAUGCGCGAUGCCGAGGCCAUCGCCUGCAGCCGGCGCAUGAACAGCCUGACCCUGAACCGGCACACGGAGAUCCUGGAGAUCCUGGAGAUCCCGCAGCUCAUGGACACCUGCGUCCGGAACGGCUACUACGAGGAGGCGCUGGAGCUCACGGCCUACGUGCGCCGGCUGGAGAGGAAGCACAGCAGCAUCCCCGUCAUCCAGGGCAUCGUGGAGGAGGUGCGGCAGUCGGCGCAGCUGAUGCUGAACCAGCUGAUCCAGCAGCUGCGCACCAACAUCCCGCUGCCCGCCUGCCUGCGCGUCAUCGGCUUCCUGCGCCGCAUGGACGUGCUCACCGAGGCCGAGCUGCGCGUCAAGUUCCUGCAGGCGCGGGACGCCUGGCUGCGCGCCACGCUGGCCUCCAUCCCCGACCACGACCCCUACGUGCACCUCACCAAGACCGUCGAGGCCUGCCGCGUGCACCUCUUCGACGUCGUCACGCAGUACCGCGCCAUCUUCUCCGACGAGGAGCCGCUGGCGCCGGGCGAGGCGCCGGGCGAGGGGGCCAUCUUCCACAGCUGGUUGCUGCAGAAGGUCUCCGAGUUCCUGCGGACGCUGCGGCGCGACCUGGAGCGCGGCGUGGGCGGCCGGCUGGACUCGCUGCUGGGGCAGUGCAUGUACUUCGGGCUGUCCUUCAGCAGGGUGGGCGUGGAUUUCCGCGGGCAGCUGGCCCCCCUCUUCCAGCGCGUGGCUGCCGACGCCUUCGGGAAGGCGGUGGAGGAGGCGGUGGAGAAGUUCCGGGAGGAGAUGAAUUGCUACACGCUGAUCUCGGCUCCGGCCGUGCUGGGGGGCGGCGCAGGGGUGCCGGUGCCCACGGCCCAGCCUGGCACGCUGCAGCCCCCCAUGGUGCUGCUGGACUUCCCACCCCUCGCCUGCUUCCUCAACGGGCUGCUCGUUGCCUUCAAUGACCUGCGGCUCUGCUGCCCCAUCGCCCUGGCACAGGACGUCACCACCUGCCUGGACAGGGCCCUUGGUGAGGUGACCAAAACCAUCCUGGCCUUCCACCGUGCUGAGGAGGCGGCGUUCAGCGGGCGGGAGCAGGAGCUCUUCACCCAGUUUUGCACAGCCUUCCUGGAGGACCUGCUGCCCUACCUGAACCGCUGCCUUCAGGUGCUGUUCCCUCCAGCACAGAUUGCCCAGGCACUGGGUGUGCCCCCCACGCAGCUGCAGCGUUUCGGCCGCCUGGGCCGCAUCGACGUGGCCGCUCUCAGGGAGCCGCUGGCUUUCCUCCUCCCGCCGGCACCGGGCGAGGAGCAGCCGUCCCCGGAGACCGCCCCGGACCCGGACGGGGAAGACGCGGCCGUGCCCACCGAGCCCCCGGAGAGCCCCUGCGGGGAGGCCGCGCUGCCGGGAGCCCCGGUGGCCAGGGGCUAGGCGGGCACCGGCGGGAGCGGCCGGCCCGGGGCCGCCAGGGGGCGCGGCGGCGGCGGCGCGGGUGCGCGCGCACCCGGUGCGCCAUGGCGGCGGCGGCGGC